UUCUCUUCCCUCCAAACGCCCACGCCCUUUUCUCAAACCCAGGGUGCAGGGUUUCGAGGACUGAGAAAUUACUCUUCUAGGGUUCUAGGGUGUUGGUUUCGUCCCCUGAUAUCCCUGCGAUCGAAAUGUCGAUCAUCAACCCGUUCGCUCUCUUGGGCGACGAGGAGGACGACGAUGUCUCCACCCUCGUCGCCCACGUCGCCUCCAAGGCCGGUGCUGCGGCCGCCGUCCCCCGGUCACUGCCGCCGUCGGUGAAGAAGGCGGAGGAGCCGAAGUUUCCGGUGAAGCAGACUGAUUCUGGGAGAGGUGAAAGGGGCCGAGGAAGAGGAGGUCGCGGUCGUGGUUCAGGAAGGAAUGGUCUGGAUGGGAAUGGCAUUGAACAAUCUGGGAACAAGCGUGCUGAUGGUUUUCAAAGGAGCUAUGGAGGAUCUAAUGGUUAUCAGCGGAGUUCUGGUGGAUCUAAUGGUUAUCAGAAUAAUAAUGAUGAGGUUGGUGGUAAUCAGAGGAAUUACGGGGGUGCAAAUGGUUAUCAGAGGAACCGUGGAACUGGAAAUGGUUAUCAGUGGAAUUACGGGAGGGAUUCUUAUGGAAAUGCUGUUGAUGAAAGGAGGCACGGUGGGGGUGGUGGAGAAAGAGUAUUGAAUGAAAAUCAUGAGCCUGAGGAUAGUAAUCAAAUCAAAAUUGAAAAUGAACAAAUUAAAAGCCAAGGACAAAAUGAUGAUGAUGAUGGUGGUUGGGAACAGGUGAAUAAGUAUCAUGGUAAAGGAUAUGGAAGAGGGAGCCAAUCCUUAAAAGAUGGUGAGAAAACAUUUAGAAAUGGGAAUCGGACUGGUGGUGAUAAAAGAGGAUAUGGCGGGGGAAAUAACGGAUUCAGGAGUGGAGAGGGUCAGUUUAAUGGUAGACGUGAAGAACUGAAUCAUGAAAAAUGUGACAUGUUGAAUAACUUUGAAAAGGAGGGUGACCUCUCCAAAAAAGAGGAAGGUGAUAGCCAUGAAACAAAGGAGGGCGAUCAUGGUAAUAAAGAGCAUGAAAUCAAUGACAAUAACAACAGUGGCGGGCCUGAAGGGAAUAUAACUGCGACUACUGAAGUAUCCAAUGGUGCUGAGCCUGGACAGGGAAAACUUGCACCAGAAACAAGAAAGGAUGCAGAUGAAAGAAAAAGGGCUGCAGUGGAAAGACAAAAUCAAAUGACUUUGGGAGAAUACGAGAAGCAGCUUCUUGAAAAGAGGAAAAACUUGCCAGCCCUACAAAAAACCGAGGGAAAAAGAGUCAUCUUUGACAAGGAAUUUGAAUCGAUGCAACGAAUAGAGAAGAAGAAAGAGGACAGCCUUUUCAUCAAGCUGAAGACUGAGAAUGACAAGCUUAAAAGGAAUGGUAGCUUUGACAAGGAGGAAAAAGUUCACAAGGCUAUAAGCAUUGAUGAAUUUCUGAAACCAGCUGAAGGUGGGAGGCGGCCACCAAGGAGACGAUGGCGUGAAGAGAGGGAGAGGGAGAAGGCUAGGCCUGAGGAAGAAAUCCAGGCAGAUUCGGUGGAGGCUGCCCCUGCUCCUGCACCUGCACCUUGCAUUGAAGAUCAAUUCCAGUUUCCGGUGCUUGGAGGAGCUCUGAAGCACUAAAUUUUGUUAGUCCGGUGGUGUUAUUGUUGAAUUGGGUUCAUUUUCUGGCGAGAUUGAAAAUUUUGGUUUUGGUUUAAUAAUACGAGCUUAAUUUGAUUUUCGUUUAUAUUAAUGUUGAGGUGCUUUUUGGUA